AUGGCCACCAUCGAGCCGUGGCUCACGAACCUCCUCAACAAGCCGAAGAGUCCCGCUCUUCCGCCGAUACAGCCCGUGUCCCUCAGUACCACCACCGCAAGCCAGCCCAUCUCUCUCCCCCCACUGGGUCCCGAACUCGCCAGCAGCCACAGGUCCGAGAGGUCUGCGCCGACACAAAUUACCCCGCUCUCCGCCGCCGAUGACGCUCACCCUGUGAAGCCGCUCGGAAGGCCCGACGACGCGUUCGCUUUGCACACUGCAUCGAUCCGCCCCCUCCAGCUCCUGCUCCGCGAGUCCGAAGCAAAUGUCCCGGCCAGUACGUUACGGAGCAUUGUCGAUGAUGGGCCGGGCAGCCCCGAUGACGUCUUGACGAAAAAGCGGCACAGGGCCCUCACCACCAAAGAGGAUUUGGUCCAAUUGCCCAAGUUACCGAAGAAGCAGAAGUCUGCCCAGCAGGUAGUCCCUCCGAUCAUCGCUGGCCUCCACGAGCCCCCGCCCGAUGCCGCUGUUUUCCCGCCUAUCACGUCGGCUUCUUUCGAUGAUAAUGAGAACUUCAGCCUGGGACCAUGGAAGGACACCGGCAGCGCUAGCGAGGACCGCCCGGCCCUAUUCUCCGCUGCUGAUGCCGAGUCGAGCAAUAAUCCCAAACCGAAAAGGCGGCCUAUGAAGCCAAGAAGAAAAUGGACCGAGGAGGAGACUAAUAACCUGUUGCUGGGGGUGAGCCGCCAUGGAGUGGGGAGAUGGACUACGAUCCUGGAGGACCCGGGCUUUCAGUUCAACGGCCGGACUGCCGGCGAUCUGAAGGAUCGCUUCCGGACAUGCUGUCCCGAGGAGCUGCGGCUAACCGCGACCAAGGAGCAGGCCGCAAAUGGGGAGCCUGGACCAGCGGCUGUUGCCGAUGGAAGCGCAAAACCUAAACUCGGGAUACAGAUAGAAGACAUCCUUCAGCCGGCCGGGGACGAGGGAGUUGAGAAUGGCAACACCUCACCGUCCGCUGCCCUGGACUGUGACGCGGCGCCCAAGAAGAGAAAGCCCCGAGCGCACCGUAAGAAGCUGGAGGACCUAGCCGAGCUGGGCAUUCAUGGCCCGUUCGAGAAAUCGCACCGCCGGAAACGCCGCCCUUUCACCAAGCAGGACGACGACGAGAUUUUGGACGGCCUCAGCCAGUACGGCCCUUCCUGGACCAGGAUCCAACGAGAUCCGAAAUACAAUCUGUCGAGCCGGCAGCCUACAGACUUGCGUGACCGGGUCCGGAACAAGUACCCUGAUAUUUACGCAAACAUUGAAAAGGCCAAUUCUCCCAAGGAUGCGUGGCGCGGGAAGACCAACAUCCUAGAGCCGUCCGUCAACACAGCCAAAGAUAACUCCCGGAGCACUACUGCCCUCCCCUCAUUCGAGCCCCAGCUGAACCGAUCGGGAUCAAAAGAAGACAUGUUGCGGCGGACCGCGACCCCCUCCGCUUAUGAGUCGACCGAGUCUCUGCCCGCCCUUGCUGACAUCUUCGACAUGACCGAGGCGCACAGCUCGUCCUUUCUCGGGAGCGCGUCGGAUCUGGAUUUGAACCAUCUGCUCGACGAUCCCUACAGUGGGAGUGAGCGCCGCCUCGGCCUUGGGAGGUGA